ACUCUCACGAGUCGCAGCAGCAGCAGAAGAAAAAAUUCCCACGCACACACGACGGGAGAGGAGGAGGAGGAGAGGAGAGUUCUGCGAGCCGCACCGGCGCCAACAUUGAUGGAUUUCACUGUUCUGCACGAAGCACUAGCGCUCAAAUCCUACGAUCAGAUCGCCGACAUAUGCGACACCCUCAUGCUCCAGGUUGCAUCUGAGGGCGUCUCUUUUCACGAAGAAUGGCCCUACGCUGUUCAUCUCCUCGGUCACAUUUACAGCAAUGACAUUAAUAGUGCAAGGUUUUUGUGGAAGAAAAUACCAUUGACAGUAAAAGAGAGCCAGCCGGAGGUAUCGGCUGUAUGGAAAAUUGGGCAGAGGUUGUGGAUGAAGGAGUACAGUGGUGUUCAUGAGGCCAUUCGUGAGUUUAAUUGGAGUCCACAAAUUCUGGGACUUGUGGCAGCUUUUAAAGAACGUUACACUAAAAGAAUGUUUGAAUUGUUGCUUUCUGCGUAUUCAACAAUAAGCAUUCAGGACACAGCGCUUUUCCUUGGGAUGAAUGAAGAUGACGCUGCAAACUAUGCAUUGCAACAAGGCUGGACUCUAGAUCCCGCCUCUCCAAUGCUAACUGUGAAGAAGCAGGCUGUUGCAACAGAGCAAAAACUGGAUCCCAGUAAAUUACAGCGAUUGACCGAAUAUGUGUUCCACCUCGAACACUGAUCCUGAAGAUCAGACGCAUAUAACAGGUUUAAAUCAGUUCUUCAAAUGGCUUCACCGUUUUUUUUGAACCUAUAUGUUGUAAAACCUGGGCAAUUGAUAGGUGAAAAGCCGAUUGAGGGUCGUUAGUUUCAUCAUCUGAUACAAAGCUCUAUGCCUUGUUUAUCAGACACAAAUACUGGAAGAUUGUCAAUGGUUUUUUGUUUGUUGUUGAUCGUCUACCAUUUUCCUGCCC